GUAGGUAGGGAGAUGACUUCCUUUGUAGCGGAACAAAGGGCUGGUGGCGGGAACCUCUUUGAUCAGAAAUUAGCGCUACUCAGAGCGGAAAUCCGUUCAUUUCAGCUCCAAUCAAUCUAGAUUGUUUUUUGAUGAAAGUAUGUACAGGAGAUGAGUGUUUUGUACACGCCUCGAAUGAAUGAGAUUGCUGUGCAAAAAUUCUAAUUGACAGGAUAUUAGUGACUGGGGACUGCUGACAACGAUUGUUGUCCUCUAAAUUUGCAAGUCUUGGCAGUCAUCUGCUUUCAAAUAGGAGGGUUGUGAAGGCAGAAAUGUCAGCAAUUUCAGUGUUAUGGACAGUUUUGUCUCUAGUUCUACUGUUCACUUGUACCUUGGCAUUAUUUUCUCCGUUUUGGCAUGAACACCUUCCUGAUCCUUUGUCAACAAACAACAGUGAGUCCUUUACAGCAUUUGGUCUUCUACGAUUCUGCUUCCAGGAGCAAUUUGUGACUUUACAAGAGAUAGAUGCUUGGAGAUCCUCAAAAUAUUGCUCUUUUUAUGAGAAUAUUUUCUCUGGAAUCCCUUCUAUUUACUGGAAGGGUGCUGCUAGUACCUAUGCACUUGCACUGGUUCUGUUAUUGGGUGCACUUUUCCUUGCACAUGUAGCAUGCUGCCAAAGAUUUAUUUGUGGAAAGUCUGUCUUUGCCAUUGCUGGAGUUAUGCAGAGCAUUGCAGUGGCUCUUUUGGUAGUCAGUCUGCUGGUGUACCCAUUUGGUUUCAAAUCCACUUAUGUUCAGCAGCACUGUGGUAGCUCAAGUGGGUUUUUUACAUCUGGUGCUUGUGACAUUGCCUGGGGUUAUGUACUAGCUAUUGUAAGCACAGCAUUGCUAUUUUUCUGUCCAAUGAUUGCCUACCAUCUCUCAGUGGCAAGACCAAGAUCAAAGGCAACUGUGGUAUAAACAGUUUCACAAUGGUCUUCUUUCAUAUUGACGAAGAACUUCAGUAGAAAAAAAGACAAGAUCAAUUAAUUGCAAGCCCACUAGUAAAUUACUAAAAUGGCUGAUAGUUUUUUUAUUUUUUUCCAAUCUUGAAUGUCAAAAGGUCAUGGUACCGGUAGUUGGUUCAGAUCAGAUUUUAAUCAAAUUAGACUCAUUUAUAUAAUUAUACAAUAUAUAGUACGCUUUGAAAUAAUUAAAACAUAGUAAAUAAUGUUCAUACAUGGCUGGCUCCAUGAGUGGGUGAGAUGAAGGAAUCCUGUGUCCUAAUUGGCCACCAGAGCCAAUCAGGAUUAUGUAGUCUGAUUCUUAGAAUAGAGAAAAAAAAU